AUGAACGCCCCAAGACUCGGGCUUCGGAAUGCCGCCAGCGCGCUGCGAUCGUGCACGCGGACGCCGAUCCGGCGGCCCGUGAGAGGGAUCUCUGGGGAGUCGAAGCCGCGGGGGGCCAGCAAUUCGGCGCCGACGAUGGAGCAGAUGAGGGCGCCGUUUGCGAAGAAGAAUACCUCGACUAUGUUUUAUACGCUGAGUAUUAUUUUGGGGACGGUCGCGCUUUCGUACGGCUCUGUGCCGUUGUAUAAGAUGAUCUGCGCAACGACUGGCUUUGGUGGACAGCCCAUUAAAUCUGCUGCGCAUAAUACGGACGACCCCUCGAAAUCGCUCCGGCCCGUCGUGGGCGCCAAGCGUAUCCGGGUUACCUUCAACGGCUCGGUCUCCGAUGUGUUGCCAUGGAGCUUCACACCGCAGCAGCGCGAGGUGCGAGUUCUUCCCGGCGAGACGGCUCUGGCGUUCUACACUGCGACGAACAAGUCGUCGGAGGAUAUCAUUGGGGUAGCGACGUACAGUGUGACGCCUGGGCAGGUGGCGCCGCAUUUCAGCAAGAUCCAGUGUUUCUGCUUCGAGGAGCAGCGGUUGAAUGCUGGCGAGACGGUCGAUAUGCCGGUGUUCUUCUAUAUUGAUCCGGAGUUUGUGAAUGACCCGAACAUGAAGGGGAUUGAGCAGGUGACGCUGAGUUAUACGUUCUUCAAAGCUAGAUAUGGCAAGAACGGCCAGCUGUCGCCACUGGCUGUGACAUGAGCAGGAGCUGUUUCACUAUGCAACUAAGUGUAUGAUAUAGAGCGGCAUUGAUGGGCUUCGCAGCGGUUUUACAUUGGGCGGCGUCUCGUGGUAAUCUCAAAUCUCAAUUCGACCUUGUAUAUAUAUAUGAACUAUAUAACAGUGUUAGGAAAAGGGCGGUAGAGCAUAGAGAAUUGUAAACUACUGAUACCCUUAACUUACCUUACUCAUGUCCCUCACUCGUGUAGUUUUGAGGCUUUGCUUGGUUUGUUGUCGUUGUUGCAAUGACGCAAAUACACCAGGAACUGGGGAAAAGAUCGGCGAUCCAAUGCCUGGUUCAUCA